AUGCGUUUCGAAAAACAUCUAUUUACCGUAUUUUUAGUUUUUAGUUGUAUUAAAGUUAGUGUUUUGCAGAAUGACCUAAAAUGUGACGAUAUUAAUACACAAAAAUUAUGUGUGGAUCAAGAUUUGUGUGACUCGUGUUUAGAAAGUCAUAUUUGCUGCAACUAUUGUUAUGAUAAGAGUUACACUGGAAGGCGAUGUAACACUAAAAACCAAUUAUUAAAAUCAAGCUGCAAUGAAACGAUGAUUGAAUUCAACCAAAAAAGUAGAGUUAUUACACAGAAAGACAAACCAUUUACAACAAAAGGAGAAAUUGUUCAAAUCAAACCUCAAAAUGUUCUUGUUCAACUUAAAAAAGGUGUUCCAACAAAUGUUUCGUUUACUUACAAAUUGGCGGAAAACUAUCCAUUGGACUUAUAUUACCUAGGAGAUCUCAGUAUGUCUAUGAAGCCAAGCAUGAAAAUUUUUGCCUCGCUAGGUCAACAUUUACCCGGUAAUUUAACGAAACUUACAAAACACUACAAACUGGCUUUUGGAUCUUUUGGAGAUAAACCAGCUAUGCCUUUUUACUACACUGAUGAAGAAUCUACUCGAAAUCCCUGUUCUAAAGUGAUGGAUACUUGCGCACCUGGGUACUCAUUUCGACAUCACUUGAACUUUACUGCAAAGACUGAGGACUUUUUAGAUGUAGUUAGUUCGAGCAAAGUUACUGCCAAUGUCGAUGAUUUAGAUGGAGCUCUAGACGCACUACUUCAGGUUUUGGCAUGUAAUGAGACGAUUAACUUUUCGCCUUUGUCCAGGAAAAUAAUUUUGUUACCAACAGAUAGUUUGCUUCAUUCAGCAGGCGAUGGAAUCUUAGCAGGAGCUGUUAGAAAACCAGAUCUCAAAUGUUUAUUGGACCAAAAUGGAGAAUAUACUAAAUCUUUAAUCAAUGAUUAUCCCGCACUAGACCAAAUUGAAUUUGCCUUACGAAAAAAUAAAGUUAACAUAAUUUUUGCCGUUAAGACACUUUCCAAAAUGCAUUACUAUUUGAAUAUGACAAGAGAUACUUUAAAAGGAUAUGCAUUUGUUGGAGAAUUACAGGAAGACGCAACAAAUAUCGUGGACCUAAUCACAAAAGGUUACUAUAAUUUUGCACAGACAGUAAGCUUUAUGAUGAACACAACAGAGCAAGAGUAUAUUGACGUUAAAUUUUUUGCUGAUUGUAGUAAUCUUGGAAUAUAUAACGAAACAUCAAUUUGUUAUGGACUCGAUAAUCGCGAAGUUAAUUUUAAAGUACAAUUAACGGCUAAACAUAUACCAGAACAUACUCAACGGGACACCUUAUACGUAGAAGAAAAAAAUAUUAACGAGAAACUAACAGUUAAUGUGGAAUAUGUCAGUAGUUGUCAAUGCUCGAACUAUAAAGACGACGGAAAUAAAUUUUGUGGCCAUGGUACCUAUAGAUGUGGACGCUGCUACUGUCAGGAGGGCUGGUAA